AUGUAUCAAUCUCUAAUAAUAUGUGCUUUGGAUCAAAUCUCAUCGGUAAUCUACGUGGCAAUGAAUUAUAUGACACUUCCACCAAUCACAACUAUUAUUGCACAAUUUUUCUGGCAAUCUGCCCACGCUUUUCCAGUCUUCACAUAUUUGACAAUGAAUGCGACGAUUCGACGUGGAUUUUUCAACAUUUUCAAACAACAAGCUGAACCUCUUGAAUCGGAAAAUGCUGGAACUACGACUACACCACAUAAUGCUAUUAAUAUAAUUCAAAUGUAG